AUGAUUUCCGGUCGCGCCCUUUGUUGGGCGUUGUGCUCGCUGCUAGUGCCCAGGCUCACUACCGGAAAACUUAUCCGUGAAGAGAUCACAUUGACAUGGGACCUGGGAGCACCUAACGGCCAUGUCAGGGAAAUGAUCAAGAUGAAUGGUGAUUUCCCUGGGCCAUCUUUUGUAUGGGAUGAAGAUGACGAUAUUGAGGUCAUCGUUCACAACAAAAUGCCAUUCAAUUCGAGUAUUCAUUGGCAUGGAUUAAUGAUGCAAGGCACACCAUGGUCUGAUGGCGCUCCUGGAGCGACGCAGCUACCUAUUGAGCCCGAAGAGCUAUUUAUUUACCGGUUCAAGGCCAGCCCAAGCGGAACACAUUGGUAUCAUGCUCAUUCACGAACGACUCUAUUAGAUGGUCUCUAUGGAGGCAUUUUUAUCAGACCAAAAGAAAAUACACCCGGGCCAUGGGGCCUGAUUUCCAAAGAUAAAUCAGACAUCCAAGCCAUGGAAAAGGCCGCCCGUGAUCCAAAACAGAUGCUCGUGUCUGACUGGACACAUUUCAAAUCCUGGAAUUAUAUGGAAGCUGAAGAAGCCUCGAAGUUUACAAUUUUCUGCGUGGAUAGCAUUUUACUUAAUGGCAAGGGCAGUAUUUACUGUCCUGGUGAAGAAUACUUGGUCAAUCACACCAGCACAUAUAUGAGAUGGGCUCUCUAUCCUGGCCACGUCAAUGACAAGGGAUGUUUUCCAUUCAUGAAAUCCACUGAGGGCCCAUAUCUCAGUCAAGGGAGACCAGAGACCAUCCCUUUGCAUCUUCAAAAGGGUUGUGUUCCCGCCACGGGGGAUCACGAACUGGUCCAGGUCGACCCAAAGUCUAGAUGGGUCAGCAUAAAUUUCAUCGGUGCUGCUACUUUUAAAACAACUGUCUUCUCAAUUGAUGAACACCCUAUGUGGGUUUACGAGGUAGAUGGGCAUCGCAUCGAACCACAAAAGGUUGACACAGUCAAAAUGUACGCUGGCGAGCGAUAUGCAGUUAUGAUCCAAUUGGAUAAAGAGCCAAAGGACUACACAAUACGUGUAGCGGACAGUGGGCUGACCCAAAUCAUUUCGUCCUUCGCCACGCUGCGUUAUGCUGGGAGCACGGGCGCUCCGUCGAGCAGUCAGGGAGUUAUCAAUUACGGAGGCCAGAAUACCACCGCGGUUGUAACGCUUGAUCGCAAUCAUCUGCCACCUUUCCCAUCACUACGACCAGCUGCAAAGUCAGAUGAGCACUAUGUCCUCCACACUCACCGAUGGCGCAGCGCAUGGCAGUAUACUCUCAGCGGAGGUGGUAUGUGGCAAGAGGAUCGCAGCGCAUACACCCCGUUGCUCUACGACAUUGAUCAGCCAGAUGCUCAAGAUGAAAACCUCAUCAUUCGCACCCGCAACGGGUCUUGGGUCGAUCUCAUCAUCCAGGUUGGAUCACAACCAGGCCAGCCCCAGGAGUUCCCACAUAUGAUGCACAAGCACACAGGCAAGAUGUGGCAAGUUGGAGCGGGCGAGGGUAUCUGGAACUACACAAGUGUGGACAAAGCGAUGGCUGCUGAGCCGCAUAGGUUCAAUCUUGAAAACCCCAAUUACCGCGACACUUUCAUCACUUCUUUUGAUGGACCUUCCUGGCUUGUGCUUAGGUAUCAUUCUAUAAACCCCGGUCCCUGGCUUUUCCACUGUCAUAUCGAAACACAUCUGGCGGGAGGUAUGGCCAUCGCGCUGUUAGAUGGUGUCGAUGCAUGGCCCGAGAUUCCUCCAGAAUAUGCUCCUAAUCAAAAGGGUCUCGUGCCUGGGCAGCCCGUCCCGCGACCGGGGAUUUACCUGCCGCUACCAGAGAAAAAGCCAGAUCAUGAUCUUUCACUCGAAGAUGUGCAGGGGGAUGUUCUGAAACAGACAGCUGAGAUGGAAAUGAUUGAGUCGUAUAGGUAUUCGAAAGCUUGGAACUCGGUGCUGAAGAAGAUGAUUGGCUUCCUUGAGACAAUCAAGUCCAAUACAGUGUAG